UCCAGCUUUCCUCAGGAUGACUCAGUGGUACCAGCUACAGCAGCUCGACUCCAAGUUUUUGGAGCAAGUUCACCAGCUAUAUGAUGACAGCUUUCCUAUGGAAAUCAGGCAGUACCUGGCACAGUGGCUGGAAAACCAGGAUUGGGAGCAUGCAGCCAACAACGUGUCCUUUGCUACGGUGUUAUUCCACGACCUGCUGUCACAGCUGGAUGAUCAGUUUAGUAGAUUCUUGAUAGAAAACAACUUUUUGCUGCAACACAACAUAAGGAAAAGCAAACGUAAUCUGCAGGAUAACUUCCAAGAAGACCCAAUACACAUGGCAAUGAUCAUCUACAACUGUCUGAAGGAAGAGAGGAAAAUCCUGAACAGUGCCCAGCUGUCAAAUCAG